GUUUCAAUUGUUAUGAACUAAAAACAACAUUUCUUUCACUUUCUCUCCAUAUUCAUCCAAAAAACUGAAGCUUUUGAUUCAAAAUUGUUUGGAGCCAUAUUUCUUUCGUUUUGACUUACGGUUGCUUUCGUUUGAGGUUCUGGGUGGUUGGAGAAGACCCUGUGUGCAAACAAAGUCAUCUCACCUAGUUGAAGAUGAUUUUUAAGUUACAUGCAGUGUAUGGAGAAUGGUUGUUGAGAGAUUUCCGUUGGGAUUUUGUGGUUGAUGAUCUCAAAGGAGCAAGAUUGUUUUUAUUGAAUGAAGAUUCAACACAUGCUGAACUUGUUGCAAUGGCUCAAGAAGAUUAUAACCUGGACAUGAGAUCAGUGACUGUGGAGAUUAGCUACUCAUUACCAGCAGAAAUGAUGAUGACUCCAAGCAGUCCUCCCAUUCAUGUUACAAGUGAUAGACAAGUUCGAAACUUGCUCGAGAUACUCAAAACGCAUAGAGUAUGUCUUUGUGUAUCAAGCCGCAGCAAGGUGGAAACGGUUUCAGAGAAAAGAGAAGAAGCUGGUGAUAAUGAUGAAGCUGGUGAAUGGGAAGAAGAUGUUGGUGAUAAUGAUGAAGCUGGUGAAUGGGAAGAAGAUGUUGGUGAUAAUGAUGAGGCUGAUGAAUGUUUUGAAGAUGUUGGUGAUAAUGAGUCUGUUGAAGAUGAAAAUCAAGAUGGGGAGGAGGAAAAUGGGAGGAGGAAAAUGGGGAGGAGGAUGCUGAUAACACUAUUGUUGGUGAAACGGAUCAGAAUGGUGGGAUUACAGUCUUUAUGGAAAGGUUCUAGAUGAGGACGAGGAAGAUGAUGAUAAUAUUUGUUUUGAAGAAAUUGAAAAGACAUAUGCUAAGACAAAUGCUAUUGAAGGAGGAAAAUCGGAUUGU